AUGUGGGCGUGCCCCCGACAGCCGUGCUUUGGCUUUGGCGCUCAAUUAAAGAGGAACCCAAGUCAAAAGUCACCGAAAGACAAUAGAGCAGCCCAUCGCAACCCACCAGAAACCAUCGAUGGAUUAACACAUCUCCCGGGGCAACAUCUCCUCCCAGGCGACAACCCUCAUGGGCAAGGUCUUCGGCUUGAAGGCUGGGCUGUCAUAUAA